UCCAGGAGACUCCCAGUUAAGGCGUAUUUGACGGUGAAGGCAGCCACGUCACCUCCAACAGGCCGUUCAGGCGGUCGGACGGGGCUUGGGCAGACCUCGGACAGCUGGGUCGGGCUCCAAACUAAUUGUCGGGAAGUGCGCCAUGUGUUGACUGGGGCUGCUGCAUAUUCUGUAGCGCUCGAUUGGCUCACCGGGCGCUGCCCCCUGAUCGCCCUGCCCGAGGAGAGGGGGCGAUAUGGUUCUUGGGCACGAACGAGAUGCAAACAUAGUCGACUCGAGCCCGCGCUUAAAUACUAGCUGCGAGCCUGGCCCUCGAGAUGAUGAUGCUUCACACGCUUGCAACUUCCACCGGAAAACAACCUGCCUACCACUGUCUUCUUCACACACGGCAAAAUGGACGACACCUGGGUCGACACUCAAGAACUUCGGCGACGUUUCACGAACAAGACCAACGCGGUCUUCAGCCGGUCCGACUGGCACGAUGAUCGCGAGUACCCGGCCGUGAACUACGAGCGCGUGUUCGAUUUCAGCGGCUGCAAGGACAUCAUCUUCCAGCGCGGCCGCGAGGACGACGUGCUCAUGCUGGCCCACGGGUCCGGCCACAUGACGCUGCCCGCCGGCGUGCGGGUGCGGGUGCUGUCUGGCUACGCCAGAUGCGCGCCAGCCGCCCCGGACUCGGUCGGCAGCGGCUCGACUGUCGUCGGCUCGGGCGUCCGCGCGCCGCCGCCGAGCCGCGUCUCGGCUUAUGCCCACUCUUCGGCCGGCUCGGGCUACGCACGCUCUUCGGCCGGCUCGGCCUACGCACCGAGCGCUGCGUCCUUCCACCGGGGCGGCGCCCGCAGCUCCUACAUGUCGGCGUGCGGCGUGCCACUCCCCCCGAGCGAAGCGGGAAGCAGAAGCAUGGCCGGCUCGGCCAAUGAUUGGGUGGUGGUCGAGGAGAUGGAAGGCUAUGGCUUCCAAGACGACCGGGACAACUGCAGCAUUGCCCCGAGCGAGAGCAUCAGCUCCGUCGGCAGCCGCGCCGCUUCCCGCUGGCCUGUAUCCGCAUCGCUCCGCCAUUGAAUGGUGAAGGCGUAGCGCGAGUGGGCGUGGAAAGCCGGGAGGGAGCCGAGCGGAGGAGCUUUUUCCCUCCCGGUCAUGCGGCAUGCGGCAUGCGGCAGGUUUCUGAUCAGGGUUCGGUCGGGGCGAUGGGUUGUGCCGGAAGUCUGCAGGAUAAUCAUUCGGGAUAGUAUUUCUCUUGGGAUUCUUGGUUGAUGUAUUGUCGCUCUCACCCUCUUGAUAUACACGAUAUAACGGCAGAUCGUGGUCCACCAGUCGUUCAAAAUGCGCGCAGUAGAAACUACCCCCCUUCCCCCCCCCCCCCCCCCCCCCCCCCCUGCCGUGCCAAAUGCCGGCGUUAUGCCACUUUAGGCUUCUUGCACUCGAGGGCGAACAGGCAUGCGUGUAUCUCCCCGCCAUUCCUUCCUUUUUUUUUUUUUUUUUUUUUUUUUUUUUUUUUUUUUUUUUUUUUUUUUCAUGGCUUAGGCAGGCAGCAGGUUGUUUCCAGUUCCCUUCCUGCUUUGGAUGCGACUGGCCUGGGAAGCUUUUAAGGUGGGCCAAAACAACAAGGCGGGCCAAAUGAAAUACGGAAAAUGAAAUACGGAGUACUUGAUUGCCUGGUGCUCCAGAAUCUUGCCUAUGACACAACAGCCAUCCACGCCGGGCUU